AAGAACACCUGUAUGUGAAAAUCUUUGUUUCUAAUUAUUUGUGUAGUGGCUCGUUGUCGGGUUCAGUACUAACUCAACACAUAACAGAUGUUAAAUGAUUAAUGCUUUUCCGCACUGACUUUUUCAUUUUAUGAUUUGUUUAAAAUUAUUCUAAAAGUAAGUUUUGUGGGUCAUAUGUUUAAAAAAAAAAGGUCCAAAAACACUAUUAUCAAGUUCCCAUAAAAAUAUAUAUGCCCCAUGGAAAUGUUCACCUCCCUAGCACUAGCACUAUUGGUAGGCACUUUAGUGGUUUUGUGCUCAGUAAUCUGAUGUAGCAACAUAAUUGACAAAAUUAUUAUGUAUUGCAAAACACCGUUUCUAAAACUUCUAAUAAAAGCUUACUUCUUGUAGAUUAAAGAUGAUCAUGUAUAAUAAUAUGUUAAUGUCUUGCCAGGUAUUAGACAAUAACUAUACACAAAGAGCAGCCCGUAAGGUUUGCCACUCUUUCAAAGGUAGAAGUGGAACUGUUAGUUAAUGUACUGUUUUAGGUCAAUAGUCGGUGGACAAUGUAAUCUCAACUCUGCUUCUAUAAUCCUCUACAUCACAAAAUAACACAAUUCAAGCAUCCCAUACACAAACAUUAUCUCAGCAUAUCCUUGGUCAGCACAGGUUCUAAGUGCUUGUCUUUCUCAAACAUCAAAAAAAAAAAAUGGCAUUGGCAAUGAGCAUCUUAGAAAGCAAAGAGAUGCUGAGGAUUUAAUGGGCAUGGGGACUUCUGCUCCCUGGAGGAGGGUCCUUCCAUGAUAACUCACUUUCACUGGAGAGUGCAGGUUUGAGCACUAAUGCAAUUCAGUAAACAAACACAUUGAACAAAAAUAAUGUCUUUAGAUUUAUAAUAAUAACAAUCCCCUUUAGUAUGCUGCAGUGAAUUAAGUGAAAGACAAUGCCUGCUGCUGAGGGCAUUAUUGCUCAGAGAAUCCAUUCCUACUGUAAUCGAGUGUAAAAGCUAAAAUAACCCUUUACAGUUAACUUGUAAAAUUCCUGUUGCAGAUGUUCCUUUGACAAAGCAUGUUAAGAAAAUGUAUAUUUCAGAUGGAAAAUAUUUUUUUUUUCUCCUUCAGGGUGUAGCAUGUAUUUAAGUUGUACCUACCCCUUCAAGUGGAAUGAUCGAUAUAAAAGAGCUGAUGUGGCACAUUUUUACACCUCUGAGUCCAGCGGUGUAACAGAAUGCGGCAAGUGUAAAUUACAGCCUAUUAAUCUUUUAAGUAUGGGUUUUUAUGAUUUUUUUUUUUUUUUUUUUUUUUUUUUUUAUUUGGACCCCAUUGGUCAGUUCAAGGAAAUUACAGGAGCCAAUCUCCUUGCUGCUAACAGCAUGCGUUUCCCAUGUGAUGCACCUUUUGUUUUUAAUUAACAAAGUGCCAUUUAAGAUGCUGCUGCCCCUGGAGUCUAAACAGAAGUUCUGAGAAGAGUACACAGACGGUGUACAGGGCUUCCUGCAGUAGACCUCACACCAUACUCACCUGAAGGGCCACUGGCUGUUAGUGAUUCACCCACUUCAGGGACCAGGAGCUGAGCUGAGCUGAGCAGUAAGCGUGUCAUUUCUGACUGAGUGUACUGAGGUCUUGAAAACAUGGGGCGUGUCGAAUGGAGAACCUGCUCCUUCAUCCUAACGGGAAUACUUCUGGCAAUCUCUUUAAUGCCCGACUUUCUGGAAGGCAGCCCAAUAGGCCAGCGCCAGAAAGGAGAUGAGGGAGACAAUGAGAACAUGAGUGAAUCUGGAUCCCCAAGCAUGCUGAAAAAGCUGGUACGCUCUAGAAGAAACAUCAACUGGUACAACCAGCAUCCAGACUUCUGGAACUGGUACAAGUACUUCACUGACAUUGGAAACCAAGAAGGAGUGAAUGAGCUGGACCGGGUCUACCUGAAAUACCUGCAGAACCGGAAUCGGGCUGAGGGCCAGCGCUCCUAUGAGCAUUAUCUCCGCCACCUGGGCGAAGUCUAUAAAACCUGUGCAAGUUCUGAUGACCCAAACUGUGUCACGGACAUGAUUGCCCCGGCCAAACCAACCCCUGCCAAACCUGCCCCUAUAAAGGGAUGCGAUCCGUACAGAGACCCCUACUGCCAGCUAGUUCGAGUAGCCCCAGCACCCAUCAAAGCUCCUCUUUCUAACCAUUACCAGCAUUACCGGUCACCUGUGCCCUUCCUGUCUGCUCAGCAGGCAAGUGAGUUAUCAAGGAUUUGCAACCCCUCUGAUGUUGAAUGCUUGCAGUACCAUCUCCGUGCUGCCUAUGGCUACACAUCAGAACCCAAAGCCCCAGCCCCGGCUCCAUCAUAUGCUUACCUAGGGUAUGAUCCAAACAAAGCAGUGAAGAGGGAAGUCUACCACCGCUACCCAAACUGUGAUCCCAAAUACGACCCUUACUGUGUCCCAAAUGGACCAAUGAACCAAAUGGCUGUCUCACCAAGCCGCUGUAACCCACUUUAUGAUAAUAAUUGCAACCCUCUCACCGCCUCUAUGUUCUCCAGUCCCCCAAAACCUGAGUGCGACCCUUACUACGACCCCAGUUGCAGACAGGAAUACAGGCCCAAGGAUGAGCCGGCGUUAGACUCAGGCUGCGAUCCUCGUUACGACCCAUACUGCCGCAGUCCUGGCCCUGCUUAUGGUGAAUCUAGAGCGGAGCCUGAGCGCUAUCCCAUGACCCAGGGUAAGACAAAGGAAGGCUAUGCCUGCUAUGUGCAUUACGAUGAGGGGUGCUACCCUGUCCACAGUUCAAACCCAUCCCAUCAGAGCGCUGCAAGCACCUUGCAGGACUGUGACCCUUAUGACCCAAGUUGCCCCCUCUAUUACAGUGCUAACAACCCCAUGAGGUCACCUCAGCCACAGAGCCCCUACCACAGUGCUAGUUCCCCUGAAGCUUACCACCCCCACGCUAACCCUGGUGGCUACAGAGAGGGCAUAAUCGAGCCGGACUCUGACUGCGACCCAGAGUAUGACCCCAACUGCCGUCUCCGCAGGUACGAAUCCAAACCCAACCCCCCUGCCCCAGAAUCCCACCACGACGAGCCCCAAGCCAGUCAUGACACCAGGGGGGAUGAGGGUCCCAGCCAUGACCAGCCUGACCAAGACCCAUACAAUAACUACACAGGGUACGAGCAGCAGCAGGAACCGAGAGACCAGAAACCAGAUCACAGAUAUGAUGAGGACUAUCAGAAAAAGUAAAAACCUGUCACUAUAAGCAUGUGUUAAGCGAAUAUUAAUGCUUCAGCAGUACAGGGUAUUGAUUUGGAAAGCACAUUUGAGUAAGACCUCGUACUCAUGCAAGUGCUGAGCUCUGAAGUUUUAGAGUUAUGAUUCGGUGGGGGAAAGGGGACACAGAAAACGAACAAUCUAACAUUUAAAGUUUUAUGCAAAUGUCCAUGUGAAAUUAGUUUGUAAAAUGUCCAUGCGCAAAUCAGCAUAUGGUUUCUGUAGUAAAAACCUGUGUAAUCUGUGAUUCUAGUGUACUUGAAUAUGGGUUACUGGCAUAGCUAGACUGCGUGUAUUUGCUAUUUGUCAAUUUCCUGUGUAUUGUGACAGUGUGUCUCUCAAAGAAUAUUUAAUAACAUGUUUUCAUAGUUUUGCUUAAAUAUGCAUUUAUGAACAUCAAAACUGUUAUGGUGUUAAGAUUUUUUUUAGAAUGUUCCAAUAAAAGCUUUGAAUGAAA